CUCGAGAAUGGGCAGCAGGCAAGCAUGGAGGUUCCCAUGGCAUCAUGCCGCUGUUUUCACCUGGGAUACCAUUAGAUUGACAGUUCCAUCGAGCGUGGCCCAAUGAUGUUUCAAAUCGGUGUUGGGAGCGUGUUACGGUGCUGGGAUGAAGGAAUAACCAGGCUUUCUCUAGGCGAGCGCGCCAUCAUUCAUGCAUCUUCUGAAUACUGUUACGGCCAACAGGGCUUUCCGCCCAUCAUCCCGCGAGAUGCCGCUUUAAAAUUCGAGGUGAAGCUGAUCAAAAUAAAUUGAGGACCUCGUGGCUUCCGCAUCACCAUCACGCCUAAUUGUAUCUUUCACAUCAGCAUACCAUUGCACUAGACACCUUUAGAACCUGUAUACACAUCCUUUCACCCAAAUCUUUUAAUCGUGUUCUCAAAAUGGUCUAUGACCCAUGCUCUA